GUGAGUUCUCUUGUUUCCUUUUGGUUCAGAGUCACUGGAGGCGCGUUUUCUGAGCUGCGCUCUGUUAUGUCUCGCACUGAAAAGUAGUAUUUCACUCUUUUUCGUUCCAAAAGUAUAAUAAUUUUUCAACAGCGUAAUUUUAAAGCAUGGCUACUAAGAAGAAACGCGCACCUAAUGGUGAAAAUGACAGUUGGGUUGCCAUGGUUGCAGACUCCGUCAUUGACACACAGAACAGCGGUGACCCAACUUUUGUCAGAUUAAAGAAUCCAUCGACAGACACAGCUUCCCUGUACAUGCUGGGUAAAGGUGACCUACAGCUGUAUGAGGUCAAAGCGUUUGAAGAAGAAUUUCACUCUUGGUUUAUUGGUCAGACCGUACAAAGAGAUGGAAAGCUUCUCUUUAUAACGCAGAUGGAUCCACUCUAUCUUAUUUUGCCUUAUUUGGUCAAAUCUGGUAAAGAGGGGAAGUUUCAGCCUGUCAGUCAGCUGCUUAUGGAUGAGGAAUUUCCAGCUUGUUCAAGGCUGCUUAGCUGCACGAGUUCGUCAGCGUCACUGCACCAUGUUACAGAUGAAAAAGAGGUGGGAAGCCUGAAGUUUCAUCGAUACAGCCAAGAGAAGACGAUGAACUGGUUAAAGAAAAAGGUGGACCGGACAGUCGUUGCCCUUAAGAAGAGAAAUAUCUCUGUGGGGGGAGGUGUCAAAUCAUCGACAUACAUCAGAGUGAAGUCUGAGUCACACUGCAGUGAGGAGGAUUACUUGCGCUACGCCCAUGGCCUGAUAUCGGAGUACAUCAGUGACGACCUGAGCAAAGCUCUGCUCACACACCUGCAGUUACCAGAGCUCACCAGCCCAAAGGAGGCGGAGCCCCCUUCAAAGAAGCGGAAAAUUUCCGACCAGCCCGUGGAGGCCGGAGAGGACUACAGCAAAUUCAACAGUGCAGACUUUGCACGGAAACCGCCCAAAAAGAUGACUGCUGCUCAGAAAACCCUGGCCAAGGUGGACAAAUCUGGCAUGAAGCCCAUGUCAUCCUUCUUCAACCCCAAGGUCAAAGCAGAAAAGAAGUGAACAAUGUCGCUGGAUUGUAUUUUAGAUGAGUGCGUAUGUGAUAAUUUUGUAAUAAAGACAACAAAAUAUGUUUCA